UCAGAGGAUUUUGCACCGACGUCACAGAAACCGAGCUGGUGCCGACUAAUGAUCCUCACCGUCCUGCUGCAUUUCAAACUCCUGUCGCUGAAAAACACAUCUUUCCAGCAGCAUUUUACUGUUUCCUUUAAGUUUCCACUCGCUGCUGCCUCAAAAAGACACGCUAUAGUGAUGCAAACUGUAAUUGGGACUGCUCAGGGAAGCGUAUAGCUUUUAAUAAUGUUACCCAGUUCGCAUUAACGCAGUAUAUGGCGAACGCAAAUGCAACAAAUAUGUCUCCUCGCUAAAGAAAACAACCGGUGGUAUUUUGUUGCGUUCAAGUUUUCAGGUGUGGUGCUGAGCCCAUGGAGAAGCCAUCAUCUUCAGGCAGAGCAGCACUGGAGGAGAGAAAAGGCCUUGUUGAGGAUGUUGAAGGGCUGAGAGGUGCUGAGGGUGGUGAGGUGGAUCCUCAGACCCCGAGGAAGAGCAGCUCCUCUCGCUCCUCCCGCAAGAGCUUCCGUCUGGACUACCGGCUGGAGGAGGAAGUGACAAAAUCUUGUCGGGACAAACACGGCCGCUGGACCAACCCCUGGUCCACAUGGCGGUUCCCUUCCUACACCACCCUGCUCAGGUUCCUGUUGUUGGAUAAGAACCACAGCAACAUACCAACUACCAAAGAGGCUCUGGACAGUGAGCUCCCAGUGAUGGAACCGUACUUCAUCCAGAACCCAGACCUCACCGACUCUGGUCCAGGUCUGAGAGUCACCUGGCUGGGUCACGCCACGGUUCUGGUUGAAAUGGACGGGCUGAAUAUUCUGACAGACCCAAUUUUCAGCCAGAGGGCCUCGCCAUUUCAGUUCUUGGGGCCCAAACGGUACAGAGGGCCCCCCUGCACUGUCGAACAGCUGCCCAGGAUCGACGCUGUCGUCAUCAGUCAUUCUCAUUAUGACCAUCUGGAUGCUGGAUCUGUGGCCAGCCUUAAUGAACGCUUUGGAGGGGAGCUACGCUGGUUCGUGCCCCUGGGUUUGAUGGACUGGCUGAUGAAGAUGGGCUGUGAGAACGUGAUGGAGCUGGAUUGGUGGGAGGAGAACUGUGUCCCGGGUCAUGAUGACAUCACAUUUGUUUGCACACCCUCUCAGCACUGGAGCAAACGCACCGCACUGGACGAUAACAAGUCUUUAUGGGGCAGCUGGUCUAUUUUGGGUCCAGACCAUCGAUUCUUCUUCGCUGGUGAUACCGGCUACUGCUCUUCCUUCCAGGAGAUUGGACGACGCUUUGGACCGUUUGACCUCGCAGCAAUCCCCAUCGGAGCAUACCUGCCCAGGGAUAUGAUGCAGGGGCAGCAUGUAGAUCCAGAAGAGGCUGUUCAGAUUCACCAAGACCUCCAGGCCAAACAGUCUGUGGCCAUUCACUGGGGAACCUUUGCUCUCGCCUAUGAGUACUACCUGGAGCCACCGGUCCGUCUCCGAGAGGCCCUGGAACAGAAAGGACUGAAGCCAGAAGCCUUCUUCACUCUGCAUCACGGGGAGUCUCGCCUUCUAGUUUCACAAGGAGGAGACGUGUUUGACUGAUUCCCUCUGGAGUGUUUUGUGGGCCGUUUGUCUGUAACAAAAGGACAGAACAUUUUGUUUAUCAUAUUUAGAUGGACUUCAGUGAUUUAAGUUUGAAAUGCAUAUACGUAUGCAGCUUAUCCCAACUGAAAUAUUCAAAUGUUCCGCAGUACUGUUUACAUAAUGAAUGUCUGCCCUACCAUUGUCAAGGUGGGGCAAUACUACCUACAGGAGUUCCACUAUAAAAAACUGGUUGAUUAGAUGUGUGUAAUUCUUUCAGGCAAAACUCAGCUCAUCUAAUAGCUCAUGAGAAACAAGGUAUUCGAUUUCCACACAGAUGUUAAAUGUUGUCAGUCAGUGUGGUAAGUGUAAAGGUCAAGUCACAAAGAUUUGUAUCAGUGUAACAAAAAACAAAAAGCAGUUAACAGAAAAACAAAAGUACCAGUUUUACAUGGAGUACUGGAGACAACUAAAUAUUGUCUCUAUUAAGUGAUAACUAAUUCAUUUUGGUGCUUGUAAUAAUGUUGUAUUAUAUAAUAACUCAACAAAAUGUAAUACAUGUUCACUUCAUGAUUUAAUAACACCCACAUUUUGUAAUACAUUACGUACUAUGCUGCUUACAAAAUGCAGGAGUUGCACUUUUUAUGAUGAAAAAUGUAUGUGGUGUAUGUAUUAGGUAAUCAACCAAUCAUGUUUUCAUCUGUACACGUUACAUUUUUAUCAAUGAACCUAAAUUAAACUUAGUAAAUAUUAAAUUAGACUGUGACCCGUGGUUCCCCCUUGGCAUUAUAGUUGACUGAUCAACUACUCUAAUUACAACCAAAUUCAAGGACUUUGUCAAAUGCUAAAAAAUAACUAAUUCAUGCUUUUAUUUCUAGCUCGGUGUACUACUGCAGCAGUCUUUUGACAGGGUUCCCUGAAAAGACUUCAAAAAAAGGCUUCAGCCUAUUCAAAUAGAGUUCAUUAAAAAAAAAAAAAAGAAGCAACUACCACAUUUUGUAAUAAUUUAUUAUAAUUUUGUGGGAAAAAAUACAUAUCGGUUCAGGCUGUUUAUUACUAAAUGAAACCGAUUGCUACAAAAUCUGUUAUUACAUAAUGAAGUGAAAAUGUAUCACAUUUUGUCAAGUUGCUACAUAAUGUGUUCAAAAGCAUUUGCAAAGUGUUUCUAGCUCGCUCCUCCAGUCUGGAACAACCACUGAAAAGAAAUCUGCAUGCUCGUGCCGUCGACUGGCACAAACCUUCUGGUCAAGAGGCCAAAAUCUCUCCAGAAUUGUUUUCAGACUUUCUGAAAUUGUAGAGUAAAAUGAGUGAAAUGUAAUCAGCAUUAAACUCACAUGGUGUUCUGGGUGCUGGUCCCAUGUUACUAUAGUAACCAGUGCUCCUGAAUGGAGAUAUUAGUGCAGUUUGUGUGUGUGGGGUUGAACCACAGACCUUCAGUAUGAAGCUUGACUGCAGACAGUGUGAUGCAGCUUUCUAUUGACACAGCUGGACUUCCUGUGAGCUGUAAUAUAGACGAGAAAACCAACUAUUAGUUACUUAGAGUAGAGAUUUUCAAAGAUUGCUGCUAGCUAAUGCCUCAUUACAAAAUUUGUUUUUUUCCUGAAUGUACUCUGGCCAACCUGAAACUACAAGAGACACAGAAGUGCUAGGAGAAAUCUUAUUUUUGUUGUCUGAUAUUAAUUCCCAACAACUGUACACAGAUAAGAAACUGUAGCGGAAGAGCUGUGAGAUGCAGGCAGAAGUUGAGCUGGGUUCAGCUUCAUGCACUGCAAAUGUUUUUGCUUUGUUCCUGCUUCAGAAUUUUGUUUUUGAUGCUCGGAAACCACAGCACAAGACUUUUCUCGGUGUGAUCACUCACUCAUUUUCAUCUCUUAGAAUUUAAGAUGCAUUUGCCUCGCUGAGCAACAGUAGAAUCAUUUUAGUACUCAGCUUUUCAAGUGAAUUUUAUUUUUAAUGCCGAAUGUAAGAACAGUUGACAACACAAUGAUGAGUUCAUUUAGUAGCCUGGUUGUAACUACAAGGCCAAACAGUGCUAACUGUGGUUUACACUUGAUCCAUGUCAUUGAAUUACCCAUUAAAUAUAUAACUUACACUUCAA